CGGGGGGCGGGACUCGGCCAACGGCGACGCCUGCCGGGCUCGGGCCUGAGGGGGCUGCUGGGCGGCCCAAUGGGGCCGCGGAGCGGGCGGAGGCGGCGGCGGCUGCUCGGACGGUGGCUGUAAUGCCCCAGGGCCCGGGGUGAUGGACACUGUAGAAGAAGAAAACUUGGCCCUGUCCUUUUCCUCCCCCUCUGAUGCAGAAUUUGAUGCUGUGAUUGGAUACAUAGAGGAUAUAAUCAUGGAUGAGGAGUUCCAGAUGUUACAAAGAAAUUUCAUGGAUAAGUACUACCAGGAAUUUGAAGAUACCGAAGAGAACAAACUCAUCUACACUCCAAUUUUUAAUGAAUAUAUCUCUUUGAUAGAAAAAUAUAUUGAAGAGCAGCUGCUGGAGAGGAUUCCUGGGUUUAACAUGCCCGCUUUUACAGCAACAUUACUGCAGCACAAAGACGAGGUGGCAGGCGAUAUAUUUGACAUGCUGCUCACAUUCACUGACUUCCUGGCCUUCAAAGAAAUGUUCCUGGACUAUCGAGCCGAAAAAGAAGGUCGAGGCCUGGACUUAAGCAGUGGCUUGGUUGUCACUUCAUGCAGAUCCUCCUCCGCCCCCCAGAAUAAUUUUCGACACUAGUUCAGGCCUCGCGAGGCGAGGUCUCUGCUCUUGGACUUCCCGGUUAAAGCCCGGGCUGUGACCUCAGCGAGUUACAUGGCAGACGCGGUGCAAGCAGGAACAGUAGUUUGGCCAACUUGACAGAAAUUUUCACAAAGAAUGGGGUCAAGUGUUGAAUGAUCCCAGAAAGAGUAACGUGAACCGCAUGGGCUCUGUAUGCUGCUUAGCACAGACCCACAUUAACCCCCCGACCUCCCCAGUACGCCAGCCCAGCAUACUCAGUGCGGCUCCAGAGUGUUCUUGGAAGAGUUGGAAGAGAAAGUAACCAUUCACAUCUCUGGUUCGGGGCUGGAUCCCUUUAGGUCCAAAGAACCAGAACAAGGGGAUAAGCCCUCUGCCUUUGGAGCAGGAUGGGUUCAGGUGCGUACGCUCUUUUGGCCUAAAAAGAGGAUCUGUUUUUGAAAAGUGUAUCUCGGCACCAAAAGCUGACAGGAUUUAUGGCCACUUGUCAAGGUUGCCCGAAAGAGCCGUUUGUCAAGGAACAGCCUGCUUCUGUCUUUGGACUUCCUAAAUCCAAGUGUUCAGUGUUUCCCAUUGGCUGUCCCAAGAAAAGCCAACUGGAUCAUUCCUUCAGUAUCUUCAGCUGAACGAAGUGCUCUAAACCUAGUUGCGAAUGAGGCAUGUGCAUGUAUUUGUAGUAUCCAGUCAUCCCAGCUGGCACUUUACUGGUCCCAUUAUUCUGAUCAAAAUUUUAAAGUGUGGAAGAAUAUUCAGCCAAAAGUGUACAGUAAGCGGACACUCCAUUUUCAGGUAGGACUUCCCAAAGUAAAUCCAAAAUUCUGUGAUUUUUGCUCUAAAAUUAGAAGUCACCUUGGAUGUUCUUUUAAGAAUUGUAAAUAUUAGCCAGUGAGUUCAUGGUAUAAGUACUCUGGUAGGGGAAGAAGAGCCACAACUUUGUUUCCAAAUAGGUCACCUGUUGAGGCUAAUUCGUGUUGGAAAAGUGACCUUGAAAUAAGACCCUUUUUUCACAGAAUGCUAGCCCGGCUUGUCUAGUUUGCUAAAGUCCUAUAGGUUCCAAUCGUAUUGUUUCCAAUCAUAAAAAUGAAACUUACUUCCCAGCUGUUCCACAGCCUCAGUUCUGUCACCACUGGCCCAGCUCUGACCUUCUGUAGAAGAAGAGGCAGGUAUUUAUGUCACUAAUCAAAUGUUUGGGACAGUCAUUCACUUCUCUCGACAGUAUGGAAAAGGAAACUGUGACAAAUCUUGUCCUUUUUGAAAGAAGAAAAGACAUAUGGUUAACUUCUAUUAUUUAACUUCCUAUUCAAAGAAAAAUCUACAUUAAAUUUAGACUGUGGGGUGUUGAAUGUCAUUUUCUUUAUGUAUAUACGUCAUGUACUGAGAAACAUUUUUCUACUGUGAGUGUAACUUGUCUUGUUGUGCAAGAAAAAUCCCCCAAACAUUAAAGAUCACUUCCUUCAUUUUG